AUGCUGGAUCUGACCCUGGCUCAGCGCAUUGUUUUCUGCGCGCUGCUCGGCUCUGUUUACGCAUCGUGUCCUCCUCGUUGCGAGUGUUCCGAGGCGGCUCAUACCGUGAAGUGCGUCUCUAAAGAUCUGCGGAGUAUCCCGAUCGGGAUCCCGGGAUACACCAGGAAUCUGUUCAUAACCGGGAAUCAGAUCAGUCGAAUCGGUCCGGAGUCUUUCAAAGGACUGGAGAAUGUGACCAACCUGUCUCUGAGCAAUAACAGAAUCAGCGAGGUGGAAUCCCACACCUUCUCCGGACUCCGCAGCCUUCGCUCUCUGGAUCUGAGCAACAACCAGCUGGCUGUCAUUCACCCCGAAGCCUUCACCGUCUUGAACCAGUCCCUGAGGGAGCUCAACCUGAGCCGGGCCCUCUACAAUCACUCGUCAGUGAUGGACCUGGCCACCUCUCUCCGCUGGAGCUCCCUGGGGAACCUUCAGGGUCUGGACCUUUCGGACAACAGCCUCAUCUACUUACCUUCGCGAAUCUUCUCCCACUUGACAAACCUGCGGAGGCUCCAGCUUUCCAAUAACUCCCUGGUGUCCAUCCACAACUCCACCCUCUCUGGCCUGGAGCGCCUGGAACAGCUGGACCUGACCCUCAACGCCCUCAAGACGUUGACCGACGACGGUCUGCAAGAGCUGGACUCGCUUCCCAGAGCCGAGCUGCUGCUGGGGGAAAACCCUUUCACGUGCACUUGCGGGAUCGAACCUUUUACUGUGUGGCUCAACAGAUCACAGGAACGCGUCAGGGACGUUGAGGGCCUGGUGUGCUCCGUCCCAGCUGACAUGAGGAACACGUCUCUUCUCGCCGUGGGGACGCUGACUCUGGGAUGCCACCAGAGGGAUGCAGGGGCGGACCUUGCUCUGCAGACCUCUUAUGUCUUCUUGGGUAUAGUCCUGGGUUUCAUCGGUCUCAUUUUCCUCUUUGUACUCUAUCUCAACCGUAAGGGCAUCAAGAAGAGGAUCUAUGACUUGCGUGACGCCUGCAGGGAGGUGUGGGAAGGUUACCACUAUCGCUUCGAGAUCGACUCUGACCCCAGGUUGUCAGGUCUCGACGAACGCUGA